UGUAACAAAAAUUCUUAAUGGGACGAAAUUCGACUGCUUUUUGAAAUGAUAAGAUAAUAAUUAAUAUGAACUCUCUCGAUGAAUUUAUGAUUUUUUUCAAAAUACCUUUCUGAAUUAACAAUAGUAAACAUGUCUCGGUUUCACAGUCUGUUUCAUUCUGUGAAAUGUGCUGUUAUUGGUAUGGUUCAUACCAAAGCCCUACCAGGAACUCCCAAUUCAGUGCAUUCUGUUCAGGAAAUUGUAGACUUAGCUUGUAAAGAAGCUAAAAUAUAUAAAGAAUCUGGCGUGGCGGGAUUAAUUGUUGAAAACAUGUUUGAUGUGCCUUAUGUUUCCGGUGAUCAAGUUGGACCAGAAAUUACUGCUGUGAUGACUCGCAUAUGUACAGAAGUAAAAAAGACUGUUGGAAGUUUGCCUUGUGGUGUUCAAAUACUGUCAGGAAAUAAUCUCGCUGCCACUGCAGUUGCACUUGCAGCAGGAUUGCAGUUUGUGCGUGUUGAAGGAUUUGUUUUUGCUCAUGUAGCUGAUGAAGGUUUCAUGCAAGCAUGUGCUGGACCUCUUUUACGUUAUGCCAAAAAUGUUAAUGCAAGAGAGAUUUUGUUCUUCACUGAUAUAAAAAAGAAACAUUGUUCACAUGCCAUUACAUCAGAUGUGGAUAUUUGUCACACUGCAAAGGCUGCUGAAUUCUUUCAAAGUGAUGGUAUAAUUUUGACUGGACAAGAAACUGGUGAAUCUCCACAUGCUAAUGACUUAACAGUUGUUAAAAACUGCACUAGUUUACCAGUCAUUAUUGGAUCUGGAAUGACUAUUGAAAAUGUAAAAGACUAUAUUACUGCAGAUGGAAUCAUUGUUGGGUCACAUUUUAAGCAUAAUAAUCACUGGACUGGACUCAUUGACAAAGACAAAAUUUGUAAGUUUAUGGAAUCAGUUCAUCAGUUGAAAUAGAUUUUUUAUCUGCAAGUGAUUAUUUUGUAUUUUUGUUAUAAAGAAAACCAAUUUCAUUAUGUAAUUUCUCUUGGUUUUUUGAGGAACAGAAUAUUAAA